CAAUUUUAUUUCCUUCUUAAAACAAACAAACAAGCCUGUAACAAACAUUAUAAACAACAAACAGCAGCUAGAGAAUCAAUAGGAAAUAGGAGCGACAAUGGAAGCCGCAACCGCUGUUGCGGACUCCGCGCUGUCGCCGAUUAACAAACGGAACUUGGCAAAGUGUCGAGCGUGUCUAUCUGUGAAUCGAAAAACCGUGAAGUUGGACGCCAAAAUGCCAAAUCUGCAAAGGUCGCGAACCUAUGGCCAGAGUCUGAGUCAGUGUACCAACCUCGAAAUGAGGGCGAUCAGCCCCGGCGGCUACCACUGGCCAAUGCAGAUCUGUGUGCGGUGUUGCCGCGCCCUCGAGGUGGCAACGCACUUUGUGGAAAUGGCUCUUGAAUCCAAUCUCAAGCUGUAUGCCGAAGCUAAAACGGUAAAACUGCCCAGUCCCCCCGGAGAGCUUAAGCGGAAGGCUAGCUCCGAAACGCUUCAGUGGAAUCAGUUCAGCGAGGAGUUCGACAAGUUUGUGGAGAGCUACGAUGGUGUGCCAGGACCAAUUGAAGAGAAUGUGCUGUAUAUGAGAGGUGCAAAGAUUCCGCGUCUGGAUGCGGAUGUUAGGGCCAAAAGGACCCCAAAAGAGGAUGAUGUGAUUCUGUUUGAUGUCAAGUAUGACAACAACGAUUUGGAAGAGGAGGAUGAGAAUGACGGCUCAGAUGCCAAGAACAAUGAGACCUUUUUUGAGAAUAGUAUUACGACGGGCUCCCCAUUGCCACCAGGCAAUCCUCAGGCAAUCAAAUCAGUGGGCAGCCAAAGUGGCGAGAAUAAUAAUAAUUACAAAUUUAAUUUCAACAACAACAAAAACGGUGACAUGUCCAGUUUCCCCGAUGUCGAGCGCGAUCUUAUACAACGCGCUCUGUACAUGACACUGAACGAUGAUGACAGCAACACGAAUAACACGGCGCAGAAAGAGCAGGCCAUUGAGUCCAUCAAAAACAUACUGCUAAAUGAGAGUGAGAGUAUUGGAUCCCUGCAAGGCUCCUCUACGAGUGGUGUAGCAAUCAGGAAAGAUAGCCCCGACAUACCCAUGCUGAACUGCCACAUUUGCGAGUAUGCGAACACCGAGGCGAAACAGAUCAGGAGUCAUUAUAUUGGCAUUCACAAGAUGGAUAUGGCCGAAGAUGAUAUCAUUGGAUUGACCAAAAAUCAAAGCUUCAAGUGUCGCCCUUGCAAUAGUUAUGAUACGAAGAACCGACAGGAAAUGCAAAAACAUCUUAUUCAUCAUCAUAAAAUUGAUGGGGAUUUUGAAAUGUACUGCUAUGUGCAGCAGAACUGCCCAGCUUGUCCGCGGGUCUUCAAAGAUCAGAGAUCAGCCAGAACUCAUUAUACAAGGAUGCAUACUCAAGCGGCCCGAGAACCACCCGAAGCGCACACAUGCGGGGCAUGCGGUAAAGUUUUCAACCAAAAGGCCAGCCUGCAGGCCCACCAACGAUUCUGCCAGGUGAAGGACCCCGUCCAGUGCACCUUCUGCGAGCUGAAGUUCAGUAGCCUGCGCAAGUACGAGAUCCAUUUGCAACAGCUACAUUCAGUGGACACACUGCAUGCAUGCGAAAUCUGUCACAAGAAUUUCAAGAGUGCAGACUUCCUGGCCGUACACCGUAAGAGGCACUCCGAGCGCCAUUACCAGUGCGACAAGUGCUCCCUAAACUACAUCAACGCGGCCGAGCUGCGAGUGCAUUACGAGCGCGCCCAUGUAAACGACGAGCAAGUUAGCUGCCUCAUAUGCGGGAGUCAGUUCCAAAACUUUGCUUUGAUGCGGGAGCAUGAGAACAGGAGUCACCAGAAACAGGUUUGGCGCUGCGAUAAGUGCAACUUUGAGGCCUCAUCGCGGGCUCGCAUGCGUCAGCAUCAAUUUGAGCACACCGCCUAUCCUUACAAAUGCAGACACUGCCCCGAGGAGUUUGCCGAUCGCAAAAAAAUCCGACUACAUUCCAAAAAGGUGCACUGCAUCGAGCUGAGCGAUGAGCAGCUGGCCGAGAUGUUUCGCGAGAGGACUGGCUAUACAAAUCGGCACGAUGCCUUUAACAAGAAUAAUACCUCACUUGAAAUUCCAGGAUUUAGCGAAGAUUGCUUUAGUGAGCUGAAAAGCCUGGGGGUCGACUACGACGAUAUCACAUCAGAUCUCUUCUCGAAUUCCACCACUCUGGACGAACUGCUCGAUUUGAUUCCCUGAACUGAGGACCGAUCCGAUCCAUUUACCUGCAUAGAAGUUAAGAGAUCAUGAAACAUUACAAAAAAAGAAUAGCUAACGAGAGCUAGAAGACUGUACCCAAUUUACACCACACCAACAAUCGACCGACAAACUUCCAUUACUUUGUUGCUUUCAUAAAUUAUUUUGCUCAGAGAACUCAGACCGAACCGAAGCGAACCUGCUGGUGGUAUUUACAUUCACGUGUAUUUCACUGCAGGUACAUAGAAACGAAACCAUGAUAUUUCUGAAGUUACCAAUCUCAAUAAACCGUUAUAAAAGUGCUUCUGAAGCGCCCCCA